AAGAUCUGAAGGAAGACUCCUCAGCAUCUCCAUCCACAGGACAGCGGCUCCAUCCCAUACUCUCAGAGACGCGCGCACACGCACUCACAUUAUAAGACUUGCUUAUCUUUCCACGAUGGCGAUCAACACUGAUGCCGCCUUUGGGAAAAGCGCCCUCGGCGAGAGGGAAGUUUCGAACCCCACCGACUUCCAGGACACGGAGAAGCUGCUGGGCGCCCCCACCACCGAGCCCAGCGGGCAGAGCAACGUCAAAUCCUGCGACUCCUUCUCCCUCAACAUCCGAGGGAGCAUGCAUUCCCUGGACUCGGAACAGAUCGGACACAGGUCGCCGAUGAAGUCGGGCUCUGUCGGGCAGCUGACGGCCCCACCCAGGUCCACGUCCCGGCUGAGCCUGGGCCCGCUGCCCUCCCCGGUGCCGCCCGGGUCUGCGCCCCCCACCUACCUCUGGCUGGCCGUGCUGUCCUGCUUCUGUCCCGCGGUGCCGCUCAACGUGUGCGCCCUGUGGUACGCGAAUGUGUCCAGGUCUGUUCUCACUAGUGGGGAUAUAGAAGGAGCCAGGAAAUAUGGGCGUCUGUCUAUGCUGCUCAGCUGUCUGGCAAUUCUGAUGGGUGUGGCUGUCAUCAUCUUCAUAGUGUUUACAAUAGAGCACCAGUAGUGAACCGUGGGAUGGAAGGAGUCACAAAACCGACUCCUUGGACUUCACCUGAUCUCAAAUUUGCACAGAAGAGAGAGGAAGAAGAAAAGGAGGAUGAGGAAUGAAGACCAAAAAAAAAAGGAAAAGCACAAAUCUGAGUUGAAAACAAGCUUACGAGACUCUUGAUGUACAACUUGUUGCUUUUUUUUCUGCUGAAGAGAGACAGAAAGAAAAGAAAGAGGAGAGAAGUCACAGGCUCACGUCCGUUAACCCCACAAACUCAGGAAACAACGGCAGGAGGAUGAAGGCUGCACGCUGUCCGCUCAGCACCUCUUGCCAGAGACCGGAAACAGCUCAUAGUCUGAACUGGUGGUGCACUGACGACUCAGACAAUUGGAUGAUUCUACAUUUUGAUUAUGAGAGCAAAAAAUACAUAUAAUAAUCACAAGAAGUAAAAAAAAAAAACUAUCGUAAUAAGAUUUGCGUGUGAUGUGAAUAGCAGAAGUCCUCAAUGCACCUCCGGUCUUUGUCCCAACAUUUAACUUCUGUAAGCACUAACACUCCACUUUUCUGUUCGCCACAGGAUGUUACACGGGUAAGAUGAUUUCAUACAGCGUUUACAUAAAGCUCAUGUACACAACAACGCCCCCCCCCGCUGCAGUCGUAGUGUGAUCUCUUGCUUCGCGUGCUACUAUGUUAAAAUGAACUGACUCGUGUUUUGGACUCUACUGGAACUGCCUGGAUCUCUAAACCUCAUUAUGUUUACACUAUACUGCAAGAUCUGAGAUAGGGGCUGCUUCCCCCCCCCCUUGUAUGCACUGUUCUUGGCACUCUGAUGUUGAUGUUUAUACAUUUAUACUGUAUGACUGGUUAACGUGCCAUAAUUCUGCAUGUCUGAAAUAAACUUGAAUGAGCAUGACACACGCAGGAGUGAGGUC